AUGGAGAAGGUGCUCCGCGAGCUGUCGGUGGAGUUCUCUGACUUCUGCGCCGUGGCCCUGCGCAGGUUGAGGGCCGCGGCAGCAGAGGAGCUGGAGGCAGAGAGGGCCAGGCUGGCACGCGCCAGGAUCUUGGGGGCGGAGGACGGCCAGGGGCGCUCCGCGAAGCAGAAGCGCCCGCUGGGCAGCGUCGGGCUGGCCGCCACGGGGGACCGAGGCGCGAGGAGGCUGCUCCGCGGCGUGGCCGCCGCUGCCGCGGCGCGCUCCUCGAAGGCGGCGCCGGCGACGCUCCGGAGAGCCGCGCCCACCGCGGCGGCGCCCGCGGCGAAGGCCAUCCCGGCCAAGGCGGCGCCCCGAGCAGUGGCUGCGGGGCCUCCGCCGGCGAAGGCCGCGCCGGCCGCGGGCGCGGCCCGCGACGGCCGCCUGCGGCCGCCGCCGAAGGCGAGCCCGCUGCAGCACGGCAGGCGGCCGCUGGGCCACGCGGAGCCCGUGGAGCCGGCCGCGCUGGCGCCGGGCGCGUCAGCGCCGGCCGUCGGCGCCGAGGCCGCCUGCGAGGAGGACGAGUCCCGGAUGUUCCCCGACGAGCCGGAUGGCGAACGGCUCUCCUUCAUCCCCAAGCGGGCCGCGGCCGAGAGCCAGGCGGCAGACCGCGCGGAGGCGGAGGCGCCCCCCGCCGCGCCGGAGCAGACCCCGAGGCCCAAGAGGAUGCCCGUGCCCACGGGCAGCCCGCUCGGCCCGCUGUAG